AUGUCUCGCCCUCCUUCAGCUCGACCUAAAACAUCAAGUGGAAGAGCUAUGACAGCCUCAAGACGUCCGCCUACUGCAGCUCCGGUUCAACAAGCAGGCUCAUCUUCAAAUGGAGCCGUAGUUCGUCCAUCCAGCAGAUCUGUGCUCGGACGCCUUUCCACUGCAGAAAGUAUGAGGCAACCGACUGCCUCAGCUCGCCCAACAACAGGAUCCAUGAUAGCUGGAGCGCCUAGACCACAAACUGGAAUGGCUCGUCCACCUACGGCUGCCAUAAGACCGUUAACUCAACAAGGUCUCAGUGGUGGACGCGCAGUCAGUAGAUUAGGAACAGCGAGUCAGCGUCAAGUUUUUGAUAAAUCAUACUUCAUCGGUAUUCUACGCUCACGGAUAGGACAACUGAAUGCUGAAAUGGCACGAUUGGAAAAUGUCUUCCGGAGAGGAGAAAAGGAUAGAGUUGAACUUGUAUCUUACGAAAGAAGAGCUGAAGAAAGUGCGCUGGAAAUAAAAGAACUACAGGGUAAACUGAUUGAUUUGAAUGUGAUAAUUGAUAGAAUGCACACCAAUGGAGACAUGACACAAAUUGAACAGGAGUCUCAACGAAUCAAAGAUUCAGCAGAUGAAUUAGAUGCUUCGGUUCAAGAACUUUUUCUCGAGCGACAACAAAGGGAGAAAGAAGCAGAAGAAUUAACGGCAGCGAUCGAGGAGCAGAAACGUCAAAACCAAGCUCUCAUGGCCUCAAUGGACCCAACACUCAGAGACCAGUAUGAGGAGCUUAAAGAAAGAAACGAGGAGUUGAGAUCUGAAGUGAACCAACUACAAGCUGAACUGGCGGUAUUAGAUGAUAAGAAGCUACAGCUAGAGAUUGAGCUCGAAAACUCUCCCUUGAAGCAGAAAGCAGUACAGUUGUAUGAAAACUUGGCAACGCUCAAGAAAAAAGAAGAAGAAUUGCAAACUGAGAAAGGGUUAGAGGAAACACCUGAUCAGAAAAAACAGAAAAUAAUUGAACAAAUCAAGCAAGGCAAUGAAGAAAUCCAAACAAUGGAAAAACAGAUAGAGCAAACCAAUGAACAGAUAGAACAGUAUACAGAAGAGUUACGUGAUUUUGAAAACGAUGAAUCUAAAUUCGUGAAAAAUAAUGAACGUUAUCGUGAACUAGCUAUGAAAGAGCAGCAAAUAGAAGAUUUCCUACGGAGUUAUCCAGAUGAAAAAAGACUGUUAGCAAUGGAGAUGGAAGAAUACAGUCAAGCCAUUGUUCAAAAUUUGCAAAACAUAUCAAGCAAUAUAGGACAAAUAAGCAUAGAAUCGAAUAUAACUGAUAUUGACGCCGUUGGUAUGCUGAGUUCUUCAAUACGUAAUCAGGCAUCAGCAAAAGAUCUUAAGGAAGCUCAUGUUCGAUUACAAGAAGAGAUGAUAGAUUUGAACGAAAUGGAAGAACGGUUACAUUCCGAAGUAGAAACGUUGAACAGAAGAAUUCUCGAUCUAGAAGAGCAGUCCAAAGAGUUUGAAAAUGGAGAUGAAGACCUAGAUGAAACAGGAAAUGAUAUCGAACAUUUAUAUUCGAGAAAAGAGCUGAUUCAAGAUGAAGUCGAGGAAAAUGAGAAAAGACUUCCUGGUCUUCAGAAUGAACUCUCUGAUAUACUAUCUGAAUUAGAUGCGAACCCAAAUUAUGCAGAGACUAAGAGCAUAAGAAAAAGUUUGGAUCUUCUACUUGAAAGUAAUGACAGCUUGAAAGAGCAAAUUGAAACCAGAGAAGCUGAUCAUAACUAUGAAGUUUUAAAGAAAAAUGUAUUGGAUUUACAGUCUGAGUAUAAUCAGUUGCUAUUGUCAGGAGUGAACAAAAAACUUCCUUCAUAA